ACCAUAACCCCCCUUCCCUUCCUCCCCCAAAGGCAAUCCCACGUUGUUUCUAUCUCUACUUACAUAUAUAUAUAUAACAUCCUCAGACAAAACCUUUCUUAAUCCUGAAAAGCGCGCCUCUCCCUUGUCUUUCUCUCUCUCUUCUGCAAAUUCAAAUCCAAACCCCGAAUUCCCCCUUCAGAGCACCAACAGAUCUACUCUAGGUACCCCACCAAUCUCUCUUCACAGUUAACUUUCCAUUCGUUUCUACAGAUUCUCGAGUACCCUUUUCAGCAAAACCUGUAUUUGUUCUAAAGUUUGGAGCUUUUCUUGAUUCUUUCUCGAACCCCAUGAACUUGGUUCUCGCAAAGUUUUGAAAUUUUGAGAAUUGGGUUUUUUGAAGAAAUGGAAGAUCAAGCUGAAUCUGCCAUGGUUUCUAAAGGCUUGGUCUUGAUACCUGGAUCUGAUUCAAAGUUGGUGGGAGGGAAGAGGAGCAUAGAUGAGUUGGAAGAAAGACAUGAAGUUUCACCUAAGCGAGUCAAAAUGAGAGAUCUUGAUUCUGUCAUCCGCUCUGAAGAAAUCAAUGCCCACAAUUCAAAAUCUUUGAAAAGAAGAGAAUCUAGUCAGCCAUUGCAGGUUAGUGGAGAGGGGGUAUCUCAAGUUACUGAGGUACCAUUAACCCUCAAUUUUGAUGGUUCUCAAGUUGAAAGGACUACAGGGGACAAGUUAUUGGGAGUGGUCCAGCCGCUCUCCCGGCCUCUUGAUCUUAACACUGAAGUUUGCUUUGCUAACAAUGAAUCCUCUGAUAACAACCCGAAAUGUGAAGAAAAGUUUGACAAACUGUGUUCGCAAGAGAGUAAUUGUGCGACCUCAAAAGGCAUUGGCUUGGAUCUGAAUGCGGAAGAUGUUUCUAGCUCGAUAAACUGUGAAUCAGUUCCUCACAAACAUGUCAACAAUUUGAAGCCAAAAGAUGUUUCUGAUUGUGGAAGUUCUAUUGGUCCAGUGGAGGAGAAAGACUCAUUAAGAGUUUGGAAGGAGAUGAAGCAAAAUGGUUUUCUUUCAUCUUCUCAUGGAGGCAUAUCUAUGCAAAAUGGGUUACUGUCAUCUUCUCAUAGCGGAAUACCAGUGCCUAAGCAACGUGGGAGGAAAAGUAAGAAUGAUGUGCUUAAGAAGAAGAUGGAGCUUGCAAAGAGAGAACAGGUGGACAGGUUCACAAAAAUUGCUGCUCCAAGUGGACUGCUCAAUGGAUUGAACCCUGGGAUUAUAAAUCAUGUUAGAAAUAGAAAACAGGUACAUUCCAUAAUAGAGGCCUUAGUAAAGUCUGAAAAGCUUGAAAAUUUGCAUUCAGAAAGCAAAAGUGGAACUAAAGAAGAUGAUGGUAAGAAGGAUCAUGGAAAUAUUGAUGACUCAGCAUUACAUCGACUCAGUUGUUACCAUGAAGAUGGGCCUCCAAAUACUAAAUCUAUGAGCAAGAAAGCAAGAGGUUAUCUAGUGCCAAUGCAUAAGCCAUUUUCCUCAAUUUCAGAGGAAAGAAGUGGAGAUGGUGACUCAAGCAUGGUAGACCCAGUCAGUGAGGAUGAUGCACUAGCACUGAAGUUGUCAUCAUCAACUAAGGCAUCUGAGAAUGCUAGCUCGUUUUCUAAUGAGGAGUCAGCAAACUUUACCAGCGCUUCUUUUCUUUCUGUAAAAGCUGCGAGCGUUGCAUCUCAAUGGUUAGAACUUCUUCAGCAAGAUAUUAAAGGACGUCUUUCAGCAUUGCGACGUAGUAAGAAGAAAGUGCGAGCUGUAAUUACAACAGAACUCCCUUUUCUAAUAUCCAAAGAAUUCUCCUCUAACCAAGAGAGUGAGCCUAAUCUCAUAACAACUUCUGCUGAUGGAUUUUCCACUGAUGCUACCGCUGAGAUGCAUAGAGCAAGAUGGAGUGCACUGUUUGAUCAGAUGGAUAAAGCUCUUUCUGAAGAAGAGAAACAGCUAGAAAGUUGGUUGAACCAAGUAAAAGGUAUGCAACUGCAUUGUGAUCAGGGCUUGCAACAUAUGCAUUGGAACUUGCUUUACAGUUUACCACAACUAGGAGCAUCAGAAAAUAAUAUCAGAUCAGGGAUGGGGGAUAGCUAUGAGAAGGAAUUGGCUGUCAGGGCAGCUGCGGCUUCAAUAUACUCAACCUGCGAUUUUCUGUUGUCAAAGGAGAAUGUACCCUGUUCUCUCAUCUGAUUAACUAUGGCUUCCUAAUUUCAAUUGAAUUUUCUUUCUUAAUGCUAGCCUAGAAACAUCAAUGUGCAUUAUGCAAAACUAGUUAUUAGGUUGAUAAGGCCUUGCUGGGUUGUGAAUUCCUAACACCAGAAGUGAGGCCAUUUUUUCUUCUUUUUUUUUUUUUUUGUAAGCCUUUAUAAUCAUAGGGGCAGAAUUUGUUGUUAGAAAUGCAAUUGUUGCACUGUGAGGUUCUUUUUGAAACAAAAAUGAAAAUUUGUUCAAACUUUUUGUGCCAUUUUCAUUGAAAUGUUAUGCAUUUCCAUUGGUGAAGUAA